AUGGCCGAACCGACCGUCCCGUCGCCCGCCCAGGCAGGCGACGAGCAGCCCCUGGCUGUCGACCUGCGCAUCGUCUCGCCGUCGCAGGGCGUCCCGAACCCAUUGGUCAUUGCCGAUCUUCCUGCAGCGACUACCGUCGGAGGGCUCAAGGACAGACUCCGAAGCAGCUUGGUUGGUGGCGGGAACCAUCAAGACGUCCAGCUCCGUUUGAUCCACCGAGGUCGUGUGCUGGACCAUGACCAGGCAUCGCUCGAGCGCAUCUUUGGUGCUGCAUCCGUACGUACAACCUCUCCAAUCGCCACUCGCUCUUGGGAGGAAUUGCUAACUUCCUUCCUAUUUCAGAUUCGCGAGAGCAAGGCUCAGACCUUGCACCUUGUUCUCCGAGACACUUCCUCCCAGCCAUCCUCGCAUCCUGCACCGCCAGCACCCCAAGCAUCGACAGCAACACCGUCACCGGGACCGGCAAACAAUGCUCAACAGCAACCACACCCGCCGCACGCCCACCCGGCACAUGCACAUGUACAUAUACACGGCCUCCCGGGAGCACAGAACAUGAACGCGCGGUUCACUCUCGGUGGCCAAACGCCGCCUGCUACGCAACAGUCACCGUUUGCGGUCCCCCAGCAGCCGGGCCAAGCACACCCGAACCUGCCGCCGGCAUUUCUCGCCCAGCAGCAACAAAUUCUGGCACAACAACAGCACAUGAUGCAGAAUGCUAUGGGAUGGAUGAACCAACUGCAUCGCCAGCCGAACCUAGGACCUCUGCUUAAUCAGCAUCAACGGGAGAGGGCAGCGAUGGGCUUCAACGGUAUUCACGAUCCGGCGAGGAAUGCCCAGGCCGGUCAGGCCGAUAACACCGGCCGGAACAGUCCAGCAGGCCAGCCUUCCCAUCAUACGGUGGUGAGAGAGGGAGUCUUACCCAACGGAUCUUGGCGCAUUACUGUGGAUGGCAGUGUCAUUGGCCCACAAGGACCGUUGAUGAACACUCAAGCGAACCAGGCCCGACAGAGUCCUGGUCCUGGUCUGGGCCAGCAGCCCCAACAUGCGCACGUCCACAACACCACACAACCGCCUAGGGGCCCGUUGUCGGUUGGAGACGUGCAAAACAUCCUCCGCGGGGCCGACGCAAACCAGGCCGCUCAGAUCAUGACGAACGCUAUGCACCGCAGUGCGUCGGGCGCCUCGCUUUCCGGUAUGGCUAAUGGCCCGAUGCCGUUUGGGGUGACCGUGCCCGCCGGCUUGCGCCCGGGCCAUCAUUAUGGCAUUAGGAGCAGAACAGCAACGCCCGAUCUGCUCGUCACACCGACCCAGGCUAUGUCGAGCGCUUUGUCGCGAGCACAAGCCACCUCGGGACGCCCAGAGGUGUAUAUACUCUCAUCACCUAGCGGGCCCCGGGCGCUUCUCAUCAACAAUAAUGCCGAGGCGUUCUAUACUCCUGCUGUACGAGCUGCACCUGCACCAGCCGUACAUGUACAGGUUCACCCUGCAACCUCACCGUUGAUGGCAGUUCAUGCUCCUCAGCCACCUCAACGAGCAGGCACACCCCACCCGGCAAACGACAUCGUAGAGCAGUGGCGUCAGAACGCGGAACAGCAACAUGCCGCACAGCAAUUGGCACAGGCGCAGGCCCAGGAGGGUCAGCAGCAACAACAGGCCGCCAUGCCGCCGCUGGGCCCCCCUCUACAAGUCAACAACCCCGGAGCGGGCGCCAUCGCGGCCAUGUGGCCGCACAUCUGGCUGCUCAUCAGGAUGGCCGUCGUGAUCUGGUGCUUUACCUCGCCGCACUGGAGCUGGACGCGCUGGAGUCUGGUCAUCGGCCUCGCUACGAUAGUCUUCAUCUUCAACACGGGCCUGCUGGACAACUUUGCGCCCCAGGCCCUCGGCCCCUUCCGACGGCACCUCGAGGGCUUGCUCCCCAUGGUGGACAACCACGGCCGGCCGCGGAACCCGCAGGACCCGAAUGCCCCACUGGCGCCGGGCCAGGCCGGCGGUGGUGUUGGUGCCGCUGCUGGUGCCGGUGCAGGAGACGGAGCAGCGCGAGCGGACCGGCAGCCGGACCCGCGGGAGGCGGCGGAGAGGAUGGUGGCGCGGCACAGGGUCGACAAUGCGAACUGGCUCAUGAACCAGGUGCGCCGGGCGGAGAGGGCCGGCCUCCUCUUCCUCGCCAGCAUCGCUCCCGGCGUGGCGGAGCGGCACAUUGCGAACCUGGAGGCGCAGGAGCGGGAGGAGAGGGAGCGGAGGGAGGCGGAGGAGCGCAGAAGGGCCGAGGAGGCGGCUGCUGCUGCGGCUGCGGCUGCGACUGCGGCUGCGGGAGAGAAUGCAGGGGGGGAGGGUCAAGACCAGGGUCAGGAGAAGAGUGCGGAGGCGGUGUCGCAGAGCGCUGAGAAUGGAGAGCGUGCUGGCGCCGGUGCUUCAGGCGAGGCUGGUGCUGUGAGCGGGCAGCAGCCGAGUGCUCCGCGGGAGGGCGCGCUCGUCGACGUGUAG